AACGGGCUAGGUUAACAAGAAUCCUAUAUAUACAAACUAGGGUUUAACUACAGAGCCACGUAUCAUAACUGAGUUUUCUUCUACAUCAAUAACAACAAAUCAAUUAUGGAAGAAGCCAUGACUAAUGAUACUACAAUCGCCCAUGAAUCUCCUAGCCUCCUUCGUGCAGAUGAACAAGAACCUACGAUACGAUGUUGCCAUGAGCAGCAUCAUUCUAAUCAUUAAUAUUGCAGCGAUUGUGUAUAUGAUAACCCACAAGAUCCCCUUAAAUAAAGCUGAUCCAGCUCUUUUAAUUUUGGUUGUUUCCAUUAUUUUCUACGUCUCGUUCGGCAUAGUUAGCUGCAUCAGUUGGGUUAUGGCAAUCGAGAAUGUCCGCCUAGCAUCUGAAGCUUACGUCUAUGGACGUAUAGGUCACACGUCUGGCUUUGGUAUAUUCCUAGACCUCCUCUAUUCGAUUUCUCCUCACUUGGCUCUACACUUCGGUCUACCUUGUUUGCUAUGGUUCGUAGCCGCCAUGAUUGCACCGUGUUGUCCCUAUCUAUGGAAAGGUCUAUGCAAAAGAGUGCAAGAACUACGAGAUUGGUGGAAGUUGGUGAAUCGACCACAAUCGUCUGUUGUUAUUGUUUAAGGUCGUCUUUUCUUGUUUAAGAUGUGAAUUUUAGGGUUUUUUUUUCUUUUUUUUUUUUGCUUUCUUUUUUCCUUUUAAGACCAUCGAUUGUAGUUGAAAUUAUUUGAUAAUCCUUAAAUCACGUUUUUUUGGUAACAUCUUUUAUCAUUUAAUCAACUUGGAAUAUCAAUA